AUGAAGUCAUCUGUCUCAGCUCUUGCACUGCUGUUCCUUGGGGCACCUCAAUUCAGCCUUGCUCAUCCGACUGGAACUGAGAACCUCAAUGGUACAGAGGGCGACUCUGAACUAGAAAAGCCCGGGUACGAUGUACUUGCAAGCUUUCCCCAACCAGCAGGUGACCUGUGCGAUGACCAAUUGAAAGAUGUUAAUGUGGAGUUCAUCCCUACUGGACCGGGGGCCUUUCGAAUUGAUAACGUCCCACCUGCGUGCAUGACGCUUGCAACCCUGUUUCUUGAUGGUCCUGACUCGCCCGAUCCCAUUCCCCUUGGUAAGGACAACCUGACACUGCUUUAUUUAGCCUCUGUUGCUAACAUUAGAUCUGCAGGCUCCGCAUCUAUAGGGUUCAGUGGGAUGGAUGAUGAUGAGCUACAACGUCUUCAGGCUAUUCUGGAUGCCAAUACCAACCAUUAG